UUUUCACAACAGAAACGUCAAUUUUCGGCGACCUGCUCAGUAGGUGUUUGGAGAAGGUAACAUCAUGGCGUCGGGAACAGGAGAGCCGUCCACUGGGCACGAUGCAGAAUUGGACGAAUUAUUGGACAGUGCGUUGGAUGACUUUGACAAGACACCGGCCCCUGCAGCCCCUGAACCUGCAGCUGCCUCCUCCUCAGCCAACAGUGGUGCAGAGAAGCCACCCCUGCUUGAAGACUGCAAACUCUUCGAGACUCUCUUCGAGGGGGACAUGGCUACCCAAGCCAAGGAGGAAUGGGAGAAGGCCAUGACUGAGCUGGCCCAGGAGGAGCCAGAGUUACUGCAGCACUUCCAUAAACUGUCAGAGGCUGCAGGCAAAGUUGGCACUGACACCGCCUCCCAACAAGAAUUCACUUCCUGUCUUAAAGAAACCCUCCGUGGCCUGGCCAAAAAUGCAGACAACUUGCAGACCACAGGACUAGCUGGAGACGACCUUGUCAAGGCUCUAGAAGGCCUGGGAUUGGAAGAGGGUGGCGAAGGUGAUGAUGGAAACAUCCUGCCCAUAAUGCAGUCCAUCAUGCAGAACCUUCUCUCUAAGGAAGUGCUUUAUCCAUCUCUCAAAGAGAUCACUGCCAAGUCACCCUUACAGUACCCAGAAUGGUUGGAUGCAAACAAGCCAAGCCUUAGCCCAGAGGACUACCAGCGCUAUGAGCAGCAGGCCAAAAUCAUGGGAGAGAUCUGUAAGCUCUUUGAGAAGGAUGAACAGGGGGCAGGAGAUAAAGAAGGCACGUUCGAGAGCAUCAUGGACCUGAUGCAAAAGCUGCAAGACCUAGGCCAACCACCCAAAGAGCUAGCAGGUGAUGCGCCUCCAGGCUUUAACUUUGACAUGGAGUCCCUCAAUCUGCCAGGAGGCCCCGGGGCCGGGGCGGCAGAGCAGUGCUCCAUCAUGUGAGGAGGUAGCGGUGCGGUCCAUCAGAAGCACUGGAGCCAGAGGGUCACUCUCUGUGUGUCGGCGACAGGCCGGGAGUGAAGGAGUGUGAGGCAAAGGUCAGGCAGGAGUGUGACCCGACCGUCGACACUGUUCUCUUUCAAGUAGAAGGUGUGUGGGUGCAGAAACAACAGGAAGGAGGCACGGAAACCCAACAGGAACCACACACACACACAAACACUAUAUUCUGCCUACAAUCACUGAACGCACAACUGAGAACACUUUAACAUCUCUGCAUUAGUUUGUCAGCGGUUGCCAUAGCUCCUUCACGGUUUAGUUUUAACACCAUUCCUUUGAGAAGAAAAUACCACUGCCGUUCUCCAUGUUGUUUUUAUUAUACUGUUUAGCCUCAUGGUAAAAUCUAUCAAACCACCUCAAGGGUAACAGUGCCUUUGCAAAAUGACUUUACGUUAUUAUUUUCGGUCUCAUCACAAGGUAAAGAUUUUGCUAUGAUUCAGCUAAGCACUUAAGACUAUGGUUUUAAAAUGGUGUGAAUUUGCAAUAUCAUCCCUGGUUUACACCCAGUUAGUGAUAAUUCUUUGGUACUUCAUUAAACAGACACUUCUGUUUCUGUACAGGCUGUCCAGCAUUUUAAUUAACGAGUUGAUUACUUAUUAACAUGUAAGGAAACUGGAAAAAAAAGAGUGUACAUUUGUUAAUUAUUUAAAGAAUUAAAAAAGACUAGAGAGGAUUGAACACCUCAGGAGAAGUUCCCAGCACCUACUGUAAUUCAUCCAACUCAUUUAACAAGAACCAUUCCCCUGAGCAUUCCCAGGUGUUGAUUUGAAGUGAUUGAGAUGAUGAUUCCCGGAUGCCUUUUGCUGUGGUUACAGUGAUCAUUAUAGUGUAGAGUUAGUGUGCAAAGUGCUUCCCUUGUGAUUCCCAGUGUUUUUGAUGUGCAGAGUGAUGUUUUCUUUGGUAUGCGGUCCCUGCUAGGAAAGAAAAGCACUUGAGUGGUAUUCAGGAGUGUUUACCGCCUGAUAACAUGUACGUAUAUCCUGUACCCUCCAUUAAAACUACAUUAUGCUUCUUUCCAGAAAGAGUGACAGGCAGUGUACUAAACAUCACAUUGUGUCACACGAGGAGAGAAACAUGUCUAUAAUUCAUGCAGAUGCACUGUUGGGUAAGACAUCAACAGCCUGAUGUUAGCACAUUUUGGUCUGUGGUUGGUGAAUUUGUUUACUACAGCAACCACUUUUCACCAGCUGCUAUUGUCUGUGGACACAUUUUUACCGCUGUGACCAUGGAGAGAGGUCUAGAAAUCACACGACCAUCAGCUCAUCAAUAACUGUAUAAUAAAGGGGUACUGUGAAAGGAUUCAGUCAGCCAUGGACUGAAAAGAGUUCAGAUUUACAUCAGACACAGCUGCUGUGGAGGCCUGUGGUUUUCAUCACAGUACUGUUAACCUGUUGCAACCUGUUAUUUGAAACUAUUUUGGUUUGGUUUGUAAAUAUAUUAAAUAAAAUCAUGAUAUAAUGCAAA